AUGGGUAGGAAGUCAUCUAUUUCUCUGGAGAAAGAUAGCCAUAAAAAUGGUGGUUAUCAUGAACAUUCAAAUAAUCAUCAUCAACCGUCAACUUCGAAUUUCUAUCAGAAAUCGCAUGAAUUAUUAAAUGAUCAACAUAUUAUUACGUAUUACAAUUCCACAUUAAUGCAACAAUCAACUGUAGUUGUAUCAUCAAGAUCAAAAACGCAUGAGCAACCUGUUGAAUCGGCAAUAUAUCGUCGUCCCCACUCUUCAUCAAAUGAUGAAUUAUCAUAA